UGCCAACUAUACCGAUUUCUCGGUAUUUAUACCGAUUUUUGGACUCGAUACAGGAAUACAGAUAUGCUCUCUCAAAAUACCGAUAUUUCAAUUUUCAUACAGAUAAAUACCGAUUUUCAGUUUUUGUGUUGGAUUCCAUAGGGGUAAACCAGGUCGAGCGACCUUUUUUUUUUUUGGUCGCAAAAUCAGUUUUCGCACUAAAUUGAUGUUUGAUUUUUCGAGAAAGAUAUUGUACAGAUAGUUUUUUUCGCCAAAUACAGAUUUUUGGAAAAAACAGUUGACAGCACUGAAGCGAACACAAGAAAAGCGGUUCGGUAAAAUUUCAUUGUAUUUAGUGAAAUUAAAAUCAAGAUAACUCAUAGUAGAAUGGUUUCGUCGCAAAACGUAGAGAAAAUAUGCUUAUUCGAAAAAGAUCGAGAGAGUAGUUUCAAAAAAUGGCCUUAUUCAAGCUCCAGUUCGUGUAACGUUCAAAAGAUGGCCGAAGCAGGCUUUUGCUGGCAUGGAGAUGAUAGCGAGAUAGAUACAGCUAUUUGCUUUGUAUGUGGAAAGGUAUUGGAUGGUUGGGAAGAAACAGAUGAGCCUUGGGUGGAACACAAAAAACAUGCUCCACAAUGUUUGUUUGUAAAGUAUGGACGGCCCGAAGCACAACUGAUGUGCGAAGAAAUGAUCAAUUUGUUGGAGGCCAUUCUGAAAAGUAGAAUCCACAACCAAUACAGCUCGUUAAAAAGCUGUCUCCAAGCGCACUUCGAGAAAAAACGAAGAGAAAUGAUGCAGCAACUUUCAAAGCACUGAAUACUAGAUUCGUAUAAAACAACUGUCUUGUUUUUUUUUAUGUAAUUUAUUUUACCCCGGCUUUUAGAUACAACGUUCUGAUGUAAUAUCGGUUGCCGAUAGAAUGCCGAUGUCAUCUGAACAAGAAAAAAAAUGCAAUUAUUUAUUAUUAUUUUGGCAAAAUGUUUAAUUUGCAUGAAUAAUUAAAACAGUUUAAUAAAUGUAGCAUCCAUACAGACCGA